AUGGGAUCAUGGACGGCACUGCUCGUGGCGUACCUCCUUGGAGGCGUCACUUUGAUCCCUCUUGUCGGCCUGGCUGUGCUCAUCCACGCGCAUUACGCUUUUCCGUACCGUAAUGAUCGAGAAAAUUCCCACGAUGACGACGAUGACGAUAUAGUUCAACCCGGCGAUGACACGUUAUUGUUGGACGAGGCAAGGAGGUCAAAACCCGCGGACGAAGCCAAAGCCCGUGCAGCCCAUGAUCUCGACGUCACCGCGGGAUACUUCGCCGUAUGUCGCGAGUAUGUGCCCAUGGGACUCAACGCCAAACCGAUAGAACGCGCCACACCCCUUGGGUCAACCACCGUCGCUGCUCCCAGCCCUAGUGUCUACCAAACGAUGUACAGGAGCAUAUUCGACCGCAAGCCAGUUGCUGGGCCGCUUGAUGGCAACGGCACCAACGGCAGCAUGAGCCAACGACCGAAAAAAGCGGGCAACGUCUUUUACGUCGUCUUGAGGCAUGGCCAUCUCAUGUUAUUCGACGACGACGAGCAGCUCGAAGUACGUCAUGUCAUCUCACUAGCUCACUACGACAUCAGUAUAUACUCGGGUGGCGAUGUCACACCUGAAGGGGAGUUGUUUAUCAAGAGAAACGCAUUGUGCCUGUCGAGGAAAGUUGGCGGUCGCUCAGAUAAACUGGCUCUGGAUGGCCACGUCUCGAAGCCAUUCUACCUCUUUUCUGAGAAUUGCUCUGCCAAGGAAGAUUUCUACUUUUCUCUCCUGAAGAAUCAGGAGCAGACAUUUGGUUUCGACUCCAAUGCGCCCAUCCCAAAGGGUUUCGAGGUGAAGAACAUCAUUUCUUUGGUGCAAAGACUUCACUCUUCCGAGGACCACGUUCAUUCGAGGUGGCUCAACGCUAUGCUGGGCAGGAUAUUCCUCGCCGUCUACAGGACAAAGGAUUUGGAGAACACUAUUCGCGAGAAGAUCACCAAGAAGAUUUCCCGAGUCAAACGCCCAUCGUUUCUCGCCAAUAUUACCAUUCAAAAGAUAGACACUGGGGAGGCCGCUCCCUUGUUCACAAAUCUCAAGCUCAAGGACCUCACCGUUGAAGGGGAAUGUCUAGUGGAAGCGGACGUGAGGUACACGGGCAACUUUCGCAUCGAGGUUGGCGCCACGGCCAAGAUUGACUUGGGCUCGAGGUUCAAGGCUCGAGAGGUCACCCUAUUGCUCGCCGUCGUUCUCAAGAGAAUCGAGGGCCAUGUACUAUUCAAGGUCAAGGCACCGCCCAGCAAUCGACUCUGGAUGUCCUUCCAAACGAUGCCCAAGAUGGAAAUGGCCAUUGAGCCCAUUGUCAGCUCAAGACAAAUUACAUACACGCUAAUUCUACGUCAGAUAGAGAACCGCAUAAAGGAAGUAUUCGCCGAGACCCUGGUCCAGCCGUUUUGGGAUGACGUACCCUUUUUCAGGACGGAACACAAAACGUGGAGGGGAGGCAUCUUCCAAGACGAUGACGCUGUAGAAACGUCGAGGCCCGUAGAGGCUGCGUCGGCGGAUAAUGAUGCUCAGCCGCUGGAGAGGCCGGAGGAGGACCAAGAUGUACCAAAUGAGGCGCAUCUCGUCGAAAGGAGCCACACCCACCACACCCACCAUUCCCCCGUGAAAGCGCAGCAAGCGAGCACGGGCCUCUUUGGGAAGCUUGGAAGGAGUGCCAACGGCAGCGCGACAUCAAUCUUGUCUGCCAGCACUGGCUGUAAGCCUGCGUCUUCAGCUACCGGCCUCUCUCGAUCGCUCAAUAUCGUCAGGAAUGCGACGGAUCCGGUGGUGGGCACCGAAACUGCACAUGCCGAUCUUUAUAAACCGUCGUCGUCGCCGCCUGACCAUGCCACAAACUUGAUGGCGUCGUUGGCUUCACGCUCCCAAGACGCAUCCCCGGUGCACUCCCCCGUCGGGUCGUUUGCAAAGGCCCAGCUGGGAGGCCACUUACGUCGACGCUCGUCAUCAUCAUCCAGGGAGACUGAGAGCAGGGGAAAUACAGAGGACUCGGAGAGAGCCUCGAACUCGAUCCCCAAAGGCCGCCGCAACACCGCUUCGUCAGCCGAAUCCGUCGCUCGCAGUGAGGACUCAGCCUCGGCAUCUUCAGCGCGGCCCGCAACUAGCUCCUUCAAGUCACAUACAAGUUCCCUGGGUAGGAGUUUCUUUGCCAAGCGCGAAAGCGGGAACAGCUCGUCAUCCGAAGCCGUUUUGGCGGGUGGCGAGCUAAAGAAGACGACAUUAGCAGCCGUCACCAACGCCGCGGAGCACGCCAGGCAAUGGGGCUGGAACGCGAUACGCCGCCAGAAAGAACAGCAUCGCAACGGCGACAAGGCUUGCCAAAUCGAUCUUAGCCGACCCAUGGGACGAGGCCAGCCCCUUCCGCCCCCCGGGACUCCUCUUCCCGGUCCAGUGAAUGGAGCCGCGAUACUUGGAUCCACGGUAGCCAGGCGCAAGACCGCCGCCACUGCUACAGGAUCGAUACCUGAAAAGGUCUCGUUAGAGAAUGACAAGAGCGAUGAGGAAUCUCGCGCCUCCCAGCCACCUCGCCUUCCUCCGCGACGACGACGAAGGGGGGCAAGCCAGCAACAAGAAGAAGACGUGGAGCAAAACAUGUUGGUCGUCGCCGCCCCCCCCGACGAAUCACCACCUGGGACACCUGGCGCACCUGGCGCACCUGCCGCGGAUGCAGAGAGGGAUCGUGACGAGGCGUGGGUGAAUACUGGCAGAAAAAAACUGGCGAUAGCGUCACAGCCCGGACUCGAGGUGGACCCGGAACCAGAACCGUUGGUUCAAGCCUUGGCAGCUUCUAUGUCAACCACUUUGUCACAAUCUUUGUCUAAUAGCGUACAAGGUGCCCCCCAGUCUCCAUUUUCCCCAAAGGUGAAGGCGGCCAAAGGAGGUCCUUUAAUUGCCGUACCCGCUUCCAUUGUUGUUGGUGUUGUUGGGGUUUGUGAUGACGAUGACGAUGGUGACGAUGGUGGCGACGGUGGCGGCGACGACGAUGACGAAGACUUGUCCGGCUGGCUGCAAGACACGGACCUUGGUAACGAGUAG